GGCGGAGAGAGGAGCUGCUACGCCACAGCCCAGCGGCGGCCAUUCGCGGAAAAAGAGGCAGAGCCUGUGCCAGCUACAGCCUCCUCCGAGCCACCGCGGGCGGGCGGGACCGGCCUCUCCUCCCGCCUCGCCCCCACCCCCACCCACCUCUAUCCCUGUGUCUCCGUCUGAGGGUUUGUCCUGUUAAUGCGGGAUGAGCGAUCAGAAGAAGGAGGAGGAGGAGGAGGCGGCGGCGGCAGCGGCAGCAGCAGCGGCGAUGGCUACAGAAGGAGGGAAAACCUCUGAGCCAGAGAAUAACAAUAAAAAACCCAAAACCUCAGGCUCUCAGGACUCUCAGCCCUCUCCUCUGGCUUUACUGGCAGCUACUUGCAGCAAAAUAGGGACUCCUGGUGAAAAUCAAGCAACUGGACAACAACAAAUAAUUAUAGAUCCAAGCCAAGGAUUGGUGCAACUUCAAAAUCAACCACAACAGCUAGAACUGGUAACAACACAACUUGCUGGAAACACUUGGCAACUUGUUGCCUCCACUCCUUCUGCUUCAAAAGAAAAUAACGUUUCUCAGCCAGCUUCUAGUUCAUCUAGUUCUUCCAGCAGUAAUAACGGGAGUGCAUCUCCUACAAAAACUAAAUCAGGUAAUUCUUCCACCCCUGGUCAAUUUCAAGUCAUACAAGUACAAAAUCCAAGCGGUAGUGUGCAGUACCAAGUGAUUCCACAACUUCAGACUGUGGAAGGCCAGCAAAUUCAAAUCAAUCCAACUAGUAGUUCAUCUCUACAGGAUUUGCAGGGUCAAAUUCAGCUCAUUUCUGCAGGUAAUAAUCAAGCUAUACUCACAGCUGCUAACAGGACAGCUUCUGGGAAUAUUCUUGCUCAAAACCUGGCAAAUCAGACCGUUCCAGUCCAAAUUAGACCUGGUGUUUCAAUACCACUGCAAUUACAGACCCUUCCUGGUACUCAGGCUCAAGUUGUAACAACCCUACCAAUUAACAUUGGAGGUGUGACGUUGGCUUUGCCAGUGAUAAACAACGUGACUGCCGGAGGAGGGACUGGACAGGUUGGCCAGCCUGCUACUACUACUGAUAGUGGGACUUCCAAUGGGAGUCAGUUAGUUUCCACACCCACCACCACCACUGCUUCUGCCAGUACUAUGCCGGAAUCUCCCUCCUCCUCCACUACCUGCACAACCACUGCUUCAACAUCUCUGACGAGCAGUGACACGUUAGUGAGCUCAGCAGACACGGGCCAGUAUGCAAGCACAUCAGCCAGUAGUUCUGAGCGCACUAUUGAAGAAUCUCAAACACCUGCUGCUACUGAGUCUGAAGCGCAGAGCUCCAGUCAGCUUCAGUCUAAUGGAAUACAGAAUACACAGGAUCAAUCAAAUUCUCUUCAGCAGGUGCAAAUUGUAGGCCAGCCUAUCUUACAGCAGAUCCAGAUCCAACAGCCUCAGCAGCAGAUCAUUCAGGCUAUUCCACCGCAGUCAUUUCAACUUCAGUCAGGGCAGACAAUUCAGACCAUCCAGCAGCAGCCUUUGCAGAAUGUUCAACUUCAAGCAGUAAAUCCGACUCAGGUGCUUAUCAGGGCUCCAACUUUAACACCUUCAGGGCAAAUCAGUUGGCAAACUGUACAGGUUCAGAAUAUUCAGAGUCUUUCAAAUUUGCAAGUUCAGAAUGCUGGGUUAUCCCAACAAUUAACCAUCACCCCAGUGUCUUCAAGUGGUGGCACAACUCUUGCUCAGAUUGCUCCUGUGGCUGUUGCUGGUGCCCCAAUAACUUUGAAUACUGCCCAGCUUGCAUCAGUGCCUAACCUUCAGACAGUGAGUGUUGCCAACCUGGGUGCUGCAGGUGUUCAAGUGCAAGGAGUUCCAGUUACAAUCACUAGUGUUGCAGGUCAGCAGCAAGGACAAGAUGGAGUAAAGGUCCAACAAGCCACCAUAGCUCCUGUAACUGUAGCAGUUGGAGGAAUUGCUAACGCAACGAUAGGUGCUGUUAGUCCUGACCAACUCACACAAGUGCAUUUGCAGCAAGGCCAGCAAGCUUCUGAUCAAGAGGUGCAGCCUGGCAAGAGGCUUCGAAGAGUUGCCUGUUCCUGUCCUAAUUGUAGGGAAGGAGAAGGAAGAGGCAGUAAUGAACCAGGAAAAAAGAAACAGCAUAUCUGUCACAUUGAAGGAUGUGGAAAGGUUUAUGGCAAAACAUCUCACCUACGAGCACAUCUUCGCUGGCAUACUGGAGAAAGACCUUUUGUAUGCAAUUGGAUGUUUUGUGGCAAAAGAUUCACAAGGAGCGAUGAGCUUCAGAGACAUAGAAGAACCCAUACAGGGCCAGUUGGUGAUCUAUACAACAGAGUACUGCUCUCCAACUUAGAGGAAUUAAUUAUUAGUAUAUACAACCACAGUGAUGAAAUUCAGGUGAAAAGAGAUUUGAAUGCCCAGAAUGUUCCAAAAGGUUUAUGCGGAGUGAUCAUCUCUCCAAACAUGUCAAAACGCACCAGAAUAAGAAAGGUGGUGGGACAGCUCUUGCCAUUGUUACCUCGGGAGAACUGGACUCAUCUGUUACAGAGGUGCUUGGCUCCCCAAGAAUUGUCACAGUUGCAGCCAUUUCUCAAGAUUCAAAUCCAGCAACUCCCAAUGUUUCAACCAACAUGGAAGAAUUCUAAAAAGUUAUUUAUAACAGAGACCUCUAGUGCUGCACUUAAGUUUACACACCUUUGAAAAUCUGGAAAUGGGCUGGUCAAGUGGAUUACAGAGUAGGAAAUCAUGUUUUCAUUCUUGGCAUCUUUAAGUAUUCCAGGAUUCUGGGUCAACAUGUGAAGUGUUGAAUUUUUAAAAAUACAAAAAGCAAACUGAUGUACUGGAAACAGAUAGAAAAGUAUUUCCUCCAUACUAUAAGUUGUAGUUACUUGGAAAUAGGAUCACAUAAUCCUUAAACUGAAUCUUCCCCCUCUUUUAACAUCAUGUGUUAACAUGUUUAAAAAAGACAGACCUCAGUAGUUUGCAGGCUGGACCUUAAUUGGACUUGUUUUCUUUGGAAGUACUUUGUUACAAAUUCGGUCAGUAAUAAUCUUAUGUAUUUUUUUUUCCCCUAUAGCACAGAAAACAGAUAGCUAACUGAUGAUAGGGAUAAUACUUUAUUUCCUUAGCUUGUUUUUGGAAAAUUAACUGAAAAUAGUUUUGGCCGUCUUUUCUAAAUGUUAGAAAUUCUUCAACAGUUGAAUUAGGUAAGUUCCAAAAAAGUAAUCUGAGAUGCAGCUCAGAUCUUUAUUACCACUACAUUAUAGUAGUGUGUAUGCAGACAAUCAGUGAAGUCCAAUUACUUUCUCCUUUUGGAGACCCAAGAAGAACAUAGAGCUAAACUUUAGGUUAAAUUUUAGAUUGAAACCUUAGGAAAAUACUGGGGUGGGGAGGGUGGUUAAAACAAAACUCAUAAUAGCUUCAGAAAAAUAAAAGGAGGCAACUUAACAUGUAAGGUUUUGAAGUUAGGAUUGAUUAUAUUCCUAACCCUAGGUUGAACCACAAAAUUCAUUUUAAAUGUUUAUAUUGGAAAUAUUUGCAUAGAGUAUAAAUCAUUCUGUAGUUUCAUAUUCUGUAAAUAUGAGUUAUGUUGACAAUGUGCAGAAUUCUUUAUGCUUUGACUUGGUAGCCAAAGAAGGAAUUAUCACACCUUUUUUUAAGGCCAGCAGAAAAUUAUCUUUUAACUACAUUACAAUUUCCGUUUUCCUCUCUACUAAAAUUUAGCCAACCUCAUUUAUUUCUAGAACUGUGUUAGAAGGCUGGUUACUAAUUUAUAGCAUAGAAAUGUAUUUAUGUUAUGCCGAUAACUGAGUUCUCCCUAAAAAGACAGCCUAACAAACACAUAACAAUGUGAUAUUAUGAAGCAAGUUAUUUUUUAAAAAUCAGAAUAAUGUUCCAAUAAGUGACUAAAGGAAAAAAAUGUAUUGUUUAUGCAAGGGUCUUAUAGGAAAGAUGGCCAAAAGUCUUGUGAAAAAAAUUUGGAUUAUACCAACAGCUUAAGUAUUAGUAAAAUAUCUCUGACUUUAAAAAUGUAUUUACGUGGAAGCAUAAUGGAAUUGGAAUUGACCAUUUGAAAACUAAAAUUUUUAACUGCCUGGUUUAUUAACAUUAUUAGUUUGGGGACCGUUUGAAUAAAGGUACGUGUUUUCUUGUGCAUUCUCUAUUAUUUCAGGAAAAGUACUACUCAUGCGAAUUCUCUUCCAAAAUUGUGAUGUUUCUUGUAUUUUUGAUGAAGGAGAAAUACUGUAAUGAUCACUGUUUACACUAUGUACACUUUAGGCCAGCCCUUUGUAGCGUUAUAUAAAACUGAAGGUCUUUUGUGCUUUCAGUUUGUAUAAAAAGCUUUGAGAUUAAAGGAAAAAAAUUUUUACACUGUGGUUAUAAAUUUCAAGUUUCUUAAAGCUUUUGUAGACUUGUAACAAAGUCUUUAAAUUUUAGUUGGAUUUUGUAAAUUGUUUUGUAUAUUUUAUUUAAUGUACUCUUAACAACUGAUGUAUCUGGCUUUAAAACAUCAGAAUCAGUUUGUUGUUUUGUUUGGUACAGAGGAGCAUUUGGUAGUGUUAAUUUUAAUUUUAUUAUAUAGGAGCUGAAACAUCAAAUAUAUAUUUUAUCUAUCAUUAUGCUACACAAUCAGUGCUAUAAAUUUUUUUAUGCAAAGAAA